CCAAUAAUUUUCGAUUGGAGCUUCCCUGAUUCCUUUUAUCGAGCAUAAUGAUGCGAAUCGAGCUUUAAUGAGUUCGAAUAUGCAGCGUCAAGCAGUUCCGCUUUCGCGGUCUGAGAAGUGCAUUGUUGGAACUGGGUUGGAACGUCAGGCGGCUUUAGAUUCAGGAGCUCUUGCUAUAGCCGAACACGAGGGAAAAAUCAUUUAUACUGAUACUGACAAGAUUGUUUUAUCAAGUAAUGGAGAUACUCUAAGCAUUCCAUUAGUUAUGUAUCAACGUUCCAACAAAAAUACUUGUAUGCAUCAAAAUCCACAGGUUCACGGGGGGACAUGGAUUAAAAAAGGGCAAAUUUUAGCGAAUGGUGGGGCUACACUUGGUGGCGAACUAGCUUUGGGGAAAAAUUUAUUAGUAGCUUAUAUGCCAUGGGAAGGUUACAAUUCUGAAGAUGCAGUACUUAUUAAUGAACACUUGGUAUAUGGAGAUAUUUAUACUUUGUUUAAUAUACGGAAAUAUAAAAUUCAGACGCAUGUGACAAGCCAGGGCCCUGAAAGGAUCACUAACGAAAUACCGUAUUUAGAAGUCCAUUACUUCGCAAUUUAG